AUGCAAGACGUUCGCAACAUACAUUAUGAACAACUCAAGAAUCAAGGCCGGAUCCAGGCCAUGGCGUUUGACAAGGAUAAUUGCUUAACGGCGCCUUAUGUGCCUGAGAUUUACCCACCGUUCAAGAUAGCAUGGACUGAGUGUAAAGAGACAUUUGGGACAAAUAAUAUCGCGAUCUUAGAAGACUCUUUAGGUGUUCCCGUAUUGCGACAUAGCGAAAAGAAACCUUUGGGUGGUGCAGCCUUGGCAAAGCAUUUCAAUCAUAUGCCACCGCACAACAUUGCAGUGGUGGGUGAUCGGAUAUUGACCGAUAUCAUUUUCGGCAACCUGAAUGGAAACUUGACAAUUUGGACGAGCCAAAUAGUAACAGAAAAAGGCGAUAACAAAGCAGCGUUGAUUGUAAGUUAA